CAGAAAGUGGGCAGUGAACGGAACGCAGCGCUGUCGUAUAGAUCGCUGCCUGUGCCUGUCUGGCUGAAAAUAGUGAACGAAGUAUGAGUUUUCGAAUAUGCUCAAAUAAAAAGUGAAAUAAGUGAGUGACUGUCAUCCUGCAAGAUGGUUGAUGACGUGAAAGAUAUUACGGAAACCGCUGAAAGUAAAGUGUCGUCGGAAGCGCUAGACAGAGCCAGGCUAGCGCGGGAACGCAGGGAGUCGGAGCAGCGGCGGCGACUGGAGGAGCUGCGCGCGCACGCCGCCGCCGCGCAGGCGCAGAGGGAGAAGCGAGACGAGGACAGAAGACGACGGCAGGCCGAGGCCAGAGCGAGAGAUGAUGAUCGACGCGUUCAGGUGGAAGAGCGCAAGCGAGCGAUAUGGGAAGCGUCCAUAUCGCGGCGCGAGGCGCUCUUACAACGCGAGCGAGAGCGCGAGCAGCGACUCGAGCGCUCGCGAGCGGCUCGCUCGGCGCCGCGGCCGGCUUUCGCGUUCGGGUCGUCGACGCCUCGCCUGCUGGAGCCCGUCGACACGGCGGGAUUCUUCUGGGCUGCGCGCAGUACCAACCCCAUUGAUCAGAUGAACUUUUUUGAAUCACUGGCAGCGUCAACCACAAAUGUGAUGUUUGCAUCUGCGCCGCUCACGAGGCGCGCCUCCGCGCUGCAGCUCGACUCGGAAAUCGACAAUAAAGACGAGCCAGAGCGUUCACCCCAAGCCAUGGCGUGGUCGUCCGUGGCGCGCCGGCGCACGGACCUGGUGCCCACGCUGCCGGCCGCGCGGCCAGGUAGAGCCUCCUCCAUGACGCGCCUCGACCGCGUCGGCGCCUCCAGCCGGCAGAGCCUGCUGCAGACCAAGAGCGCGUCGGGCGCCAGCACGCCGGCGUCGCGGCCCGGCUCGGCCAUGUCCAACUGCAACUCCAACUCGACGGUGGUGCGACGGACCACCCCGCGGCGGCCGCGGCCGGCCUCCAUCGCGGGGACUGGUGUGAACACGCCUAGAGGCGCAGGCGACGGCGUCCAAGCCCUAUCAUCAGCCACCACUCCGUCCGUGUCACGUGACGCGUCCAGCGGCAACAUGGCGGCCGGCGACGCGCCGCGGCGGCCCCCCCCCGCCACGCCGCGCCGCCCGCGCCCCGCCUCCAUGCACGCUGCUCCUACAUUAACACCAUCGACGCCGGGUGACGGCAAGCCACCACUGCACAGAAAGCCAAAGUUAUCCAAAGAACAAGAAAAGGCAAACCGCAACAAGUCGCUGUCGGUGUCGCCGGGCCGCAGCGCGCCCGCGUCCAAGGAGCCCAGCGUCGACAAGGAGCUUGUUAUUAAGAAGUCAUCAUCAACCAAAAGUGUGGACAAGAGUGUGGUGAGCGCGACUGAAGUGAGUCAGAAACUGGCGGCGUUACAGAUCGCCAGCGAUCACAACCAAAACUUAGACUCUAAGGAAAACGAAAACAAAGAACAAGUAGAAGUUAAGUCCGAAACGAAGGUAGAACCAGUCAGUAUAGAACAGAACAAACAAAACGAGAAGGAACAAAAACAAGAGAAACAAGAAGAGAAGAAGAUAGAAAAACAAGAGGAGAAGAAAAUAGAAAAACAAGAAGAGAAAAAGAUUGAGAGAGAAGAGAAGAAAGACGCUGAGAAGGCUGAUGAGUCUGAAAUGACGGGCUCGAUGACGGCGUCAAUGCGGCGGAUCACAACGGAAGAGGAAGCCAAGGCGGCCCUCGCCGAACGACGGCGGAAGGCGAGAGAGGAGCUGGAGAGACAGGCUGAGCUCGAGAGACAGAGGUUGCAACGCGAAGCCGAGGAAGAGGAAGAGAGACAGCGGCAGGAGAGGGAGCGAGAAAAACGUGAGGAAGAAGAAGCUCGCGAGCUGGUGCGCCUGCAGCGGCAGAUGGACGAGGAGAAGCUGCGGAGAGCCAUCGAGGCUCAACAGCAACUAGAACGCGAGGAAGCCGAGCGCAAAGCUCGAGAAGAGCAGGACAAGCUUAUCCGCCUCAAGGAAGAGGAAGAGAAACGGAAAGCUUUAGAAGAGGAGCUCCGGCUGAAGAGAGAAGAGGCGGAGAGAGAGGAGAAGGAGAGAAUUGCGAGGAAACAGAGGGUUGAAGCUAUUAUGGCGAGGACGAGGCUUCGGAAGGCGGAAGAAGACAAGAAGCAGCAAGAGAGCAAGCCGCCCCAGAGCGACAGUCCCGCCCCUGUAGUCCCGCAGAGCAACGGGAACAAACCCGCUGACAACGGGAACGCAACCACGGCCGAUCUGCUGGGCUUGGGUGGAGCUAGUAAUGGUGACGAGUCUAAGCCGUCUGACGCGACGGACGGCGAGUCUCAGCAGCAAGAGCGGCCGCGCAACAACGGCAACGUCACCGCCGACCUACUGGGCUUGUCCGAACAACAUAAUACAGAGGACAAAAUCCAAGAGCAGCCGCCGGCGAAGCAAAACGACAACGCACCGACCAACGUCCCAACCGAGACCAACAACGGUAAUGUUGGCCACACGGACCCGGCCAACGUUGGCCACAUAUCCGCCAACUUCAUACAAACAGAACGCCUCAGCGGCGAACAACAGAAACUGGAUCCAUUCAAUGAAGAUGACUUCACAACGCAUAACGGCCACGGGCAAACCAUCAACCAUCCGUUGAAGUUGCAAAACGCAAUCUAAAGGUCGAAAACAAAGGUUGGAGUUUGAAUAACUCGUGGUUCUCAUACCGUAUAUAUUGGCUGCGCGUAGAGGUUGAAGAAAGGAGGUUAGAUGUGUACAAAAUAGACUUUUUGGUUGCGAUGUUUUAGGUAGUUGCCGUUUCGAUUGGACGCUUGUAUUCAAAGUUACAGAUUUUUUAACUUGUGACUACGUGAGGUAUACCUAUUCCAUUUUCGGUUAAAUAUUAUAUUGCAACAUUCAGAUUCUAACUGAUUUCAAAAGCUUCAAGGAAAGUUAAAAAAAUAGCACGAGUGAUACCAUAUCGGAAAUGAGCUUCAGAAAAGAUUGUAGGGUUUUUUCAUAGAAAAUGUCAAGUGGGUUAAAAACAAAACGGUGCCUUGGAAGAAUAGAGAUAUUUAUUUUAAAAGAACACAGUUUAGUUAACAUUUUCGGUGCUAUUUUGUUACUAAACUGGUGGGUAAAGUAGGGGAAGUGAGUUAGUGAAAAUGCUAGGAUAUUAGUGAAGGAACGGCCAAUAUAUACGUGUGACAACGGAUCUUAUCUGCGUGUCUAGAUUGAUUCUUUAUUCGUAUCUUUAUCGAUCAAUAAGUUUACAAAAUUCAAUAUGGCAUAGAAUAUUUUAUCGAUUAUCUUCAAGCUAAGAAAAGAAAGGUCGUUAAAAUUUACUUAUAGUCCGUUGAAUGAAUUGUGAUAGUCGAUUGAUCGAUAACAGAAACGUAAAAGAUGUCGCCCAUAAGCAUAAUAAAUGUUAAAAUAAAAUGGCGACUCAGUCUUACAGACAGGCAGACUCGAGCUACCGUAGAAAGAUACUAAAUUAUAAUAAUAAAAUUAUUAAAUGCAUUUAUAUUGCGAAAUCCUUGAUUCCACAUUCAACAUCGGCUUAUAAAGUUGCUUAGCGAAAGCAAAAUAUAAAUACUAAUGUAUCUUAAUCACUGCUUAACAAAAAUAUUUCAUGGAUAUAAAAAAGCAAAAAAAAAAGAUAUUUUCAUACAUUAACGUUUUGCCCGCUAAAUUGUCCAUUCUAUGAAAUACAUACAACCUGUUAAAAUUCCAUAUCGGUGGAAAUAACAAAUAAUUCACCAUAAAAAUAUUAAACUUUAAUUUGAAAUUUUAGGCAAAGUAACUAAGGCAGUGUUUGGACUAUAAUCAAUAAACUAUAGUUAAUUAUCAUAACUAGGAUCAGGGACUAAUGAAAUCGGAUCAUUUUCACUGAAUUAUCAUAAUUAUAAUAGGUGUUCAUGUUUGUGUAUUGAGAGGUUGUGUAUAAAACGCUGUGUCUAAACAAAAGGCAGUGCGUAUUUCACUUUUGUGUAAAUUGUAUAAGUUUUUAUUUAUUGUGAUGUUUUUUUUAAUAAUUAAAAGUAUAUUUUGCCGGAUUCAAACACGCAUACACAUGCCAUUAGGAGGGAAUACAAAAGUAUAGUAAUGUUAAGUUAUACAAUAUGGGUCUUUUCCAAUCCCAGCUGAGCAAAAUGGCCGAACAUCAACCGGAGAGCGGGACAGAGAUAUGGGAAGGAGAACGAGUGAGAAUGAAAUAGAGUUUAUCAUAAGAUUAUUCGCUCACUGGCAACUUUGUCUGUUGAAGUAACCGACGACGCGAAACGUCCAUUCUCAUCCUAAUUUACACUGUAGCAAAGUUGAAAAUCAUCUGAUUUCGCAUCUAUACGAGAACGUAGGUAUAUUAUAACAAAUUCAAUAAUAAUAAUGAUAAGUUAUUUAACAACAUGCAUAAACAAUUUGUAUCAUAAGUAGUUAGUGUUCAAAAAUGUAAUUUUUGCAAUUGUCUCCCCUUUUUGACUUUUUUUUCUAUUUAUUGUACUGUAUUGCUACAGAGAUAAAUUUAGCUUUAUAUAGAAUUGCUAUCGGUUAUUUUCAAAACUUUAUAUUGCAAUUUUUCAUAGUCUUUUUUGUGGACGUAAAUCGAAAAUGUUACUUUCUAAAAUAAAUGCCAUGUAGCAUUGAUUAAUUUGCAACAAUGUGUAAAAUAAAGUUGUAAGUCCACAGAGGAGUCUAUCUAUUAUAUUAAAUAAUCCAUUAAAAUAUAUUUUGUCACAUAAUCUUCAAUUAAUAAUUUCAUGUAUACACCUUGUUAUAAUACUUAUAGGUUUCACCUUUAUAUUGUAUUUUAUCUUGCCAUACAUUUCUCUUUUCAUAAAAAAUAUAUUUAUCAAUACCUUUAUCUAAUACCUACCCCUAAUUUUUCAAGUGAUUCCCUGAUUAUGCUAUACGAAAUAUCCUUGGUAUUUUCAUAUGAAUUUUGUUACAUGCUUAUAUUAUUUUUCAGUGAUUCCGUAUAAGUAUUUAGUUUAGAGAUUUGUAUGGCAAUAGAUACAGUAAAUUAUAAACAUUUCCUAAUAUUUUUAACUAUUUCCUAACAAAUCAUGUAGUCGAUAAUGUACUGAGAAGGCCUUUUAUUAUUGGAUUAUUGCUAUUGUAGUUUAUUUCUAAAGACUUUAGUUUAUAUUAGUGUUCAGUAUUCCCAUGUACUGAAAUGCGGUGUGGCAGAAUAACUGUAAAUAUAAUAUUAAAUACUUUUUCUUUAAUGUUAUAGGUAGUUUAUUAUCUUAUUACAUUGAUAAUAAUUAAUUGCCGAAUGCUUGUUAUUUUGAUAGAUGACACAUCUAUUUCAAUUGUUUUGACUAAUUUAAAAUCAUUUUACUAUUUAGAUAUUUUUCUCACCUUCAGUGUAUCCUGUCACAUGGCAUGUUGCGAGUUAUGAAUGUGUGCGUAAACAUUACGUAUGUUUGUUGUCGUGCGUUAGUAGCUGGGCUGGGUGUAAGCCUUAUUACCGAGAUUUAAACUCCACGUUUCAGUAACACUUUAUGAUGUUACGUGAUUAUGUGCGUUUAGACUGAAGUUGUUAAUGAUUUGAAAAAGAGAUCGUUUUAUUUUGUGACAAUCGAAUAUAGCAUGUUUUUUAGUUUUGUAAACUUUAUGCCUGAUUUGUGUAUUGCAUCAUAAAACUACAGAGAACAAAAUGUUCCAUCAUCGUUUCACAUGAGUACCGAAGGGGCUUUUUUGUAAUGCAGUUUUAAAUAUUUCGACAAACUUCAGUCCACCACAGCACACCUAAAAUCAAGGUAAAUAAGGCUAUGUCCAUUGUAAGAAGCAGUUGUUAGCUAUCAUAUAUAUAGCAAUGUAUGUAUUGUAUCUAUAUGUAUAUCUCUUGAGACAGGCUUCUAUGUAUGUUCUAUUCUAUACUACGUUAGUGGUCGAUGGAUUUAUAAGGAGAAAGUUUUAAUAAAAAAUAUCAUGAAAUUUA